GACAGCUAUUGGUUCUAGGGCAUUGUCUACGCUUCUUUUCUCUCUCACCUCUCCAGUUCGGCUCCGUGUCGCGUGUGUGUGUGUGCGUGAAAGAGAGGAUUAGAGAAAGAAGCAAAAAUGGUGCAGCGUCUUACGUAUAGGAAACGCCAUAGCUACGCUACUAAGUCCAACCAGCAUCGUGUCGUCAAAACCCCUGGUGGGAAGCUUGUGUAUCAGACCACCAAGAAGAGAGCUAAUGGGCCUAAAUGUCCUGUUACCGGAAAAAGAAUCCAAGGGAUUCCUCACUUGAGGCCUGUUGAAUACAAGAGGUCUAGGUUAUCUCGGAAUAGGAGAACUGUGAACCGUGCAUAUGGUGGUGUAUUGUCUGGAAGCGCAGUCAGGGAGAGGAUCAUCCGUGCUUUUUUGGUGGAAGAGCAGAAAAUUGUGAAGAAGGUUUUGAAGAUUCAGAAGGCCAAAGAAAAGUUAUCUUCAAGAAGUUGAUGAGACAAUGAAAUUCUUAAAGUUUUGCAAGUGAAAUUUUGACUUUUAAAUACGAUUUUUAUGGAUGGCUGCUUUAAACACGAAUGACCAUUUGUCUUAGAAUCUUCUUCAACAAAUUGAUUUAUAUGAAAAUAGACUUGAUGUUACGUGUAGGGAUUA